ACAUGCUUGCAUGCAAGCUGUAAUAUUAUUCAAUUUUAGGUACAAAGACAGUUUUCCAGAUAUAUAAUUAUAGACCAGAAAAUAUGUGAUCUUAAUAUUCGUGUCAAUAGUAACUUAUUCAGAUUAUUUCACUUUUAUAGCAAUGAAUUAUUUCGAGAAUGUGAUUGGAGGUAGUGGAGACGAAGGUGUGAUCGCUGUUGAUGUUUCAAGAGACGUACUAGUGGAUCCCGUGACUAACAUGUCUGAAACACCUAUACCUCCAGACUUGCUUACCUUAUCAGCUGAUGGUUCAGCCGAGAGUGACGAGGAGUCAACUAAACUCACUCUGGCAUAUGAGAAUCUGUAUGAGAUACCAAGAACCAUUGCUGAGAGGUUCUCAGAACACAUCAAAUACCUAGACAUCAGUCAUAAUAAAAUCACGAACCUGGACCCUCUAGUUCACUUCAGGCACCUCACAUCACUGAUAGCUGACCAUAACCCUAUCACUGAAAACUGCAUCCUUCCACCCCUACCGCAGUUGCAGUUACUGUGGUUAAACCACUGCAAGAUCGCCUCUCUAUACCCCUGGGUGAGCAAACUGAAGCAGUCAUGCCCCAGACUGCAGCAUCUCUGCCUUAUGGAGAACCCUGCUGCACCCAGCUAUCUCAACGGUGGGACAUUCUACGAGUACCUACAGUACAGGCUAUUCGUGAUCUCCCAAUUCCCGUCACUCAACCACUUAGACGACAGGAAGGUGACGGAGGACCAGCGUUCUGAGGCCCACCGGCUCUACAAGCGGCCGUUCGUGGAGAGGCUCGUGAAGCCUGGUCCUGGCGGGUUCUCGCAGCUCAUGCAUACCUCCGUCACUUGGAACGCGCUCAAUAACAAACUCGCCAAUUUUCUCGGUAAGGAGAGACAGGGUAAUAGGAACCUUUUGAUUUAGAUUCUUAGGUUAGGUUCGUUUUGCGUCCGCGCUUUGAUUGUGAAAAAAAUAAGCGCCGCGUUCAUAGGAGAUGCUUCUUUGCAUCCUACCCUGUCCGACAGGGAUGUGUCAAGGCCCCCACCAACUCGCUCAAAAUCAUGGUUACCAUGGUCACGCUCCGCCAAUUUGCUAUUAGACUACACGAUCAACGGGAAACGGGAGUUGGUGGGGAGUAACCAUGGUAACCAGCCGUGACCUUGACGAAUCUAGCCUGACGGACAUGUAAGUGUAAUACCCGCUAAAGCUGGAUGAUUGGGUAGUGUGACCUAUAGCAAUACAGUACUACUGUCUCGCCGUGUCCGCGUGACCGUUAACAUGCUCUGUAAACGCAUGGGAAUAAAAAAAUCAUUUUUUUU